AUGUUGUCCGACAUGGUCCGAAGUACAACGGAAACCGAAAUCGUUCCAAAACAUGCGAACAUCGACCGGCCCCACAAGAAAAAUAAUAACAACUCCAUGAAAAAAAAGUAAAGAACAGAAGAAUUCGACGAAAUUCCGUAGACUUAUUUGCCUUUACUCGUGAAUUUUUCAACAAAUUUACGGAAAUGUAAAUUCGUUUUCGCAUUAUUGUCAUGAUUAUUGUAAUUUUCCACGUCUUUUAUCUGCUUGGACAACUGAUAUACAAGCGUUACAAUCUUCGCAAGCAAAGGCAGACCGUCGACAUCGCCAACACAGAAUGCUGUGGAGUAAUGUACUUACCUUCAAAAGACCGAAAUACCGCGAUGGAAAAGCUUGCUCAACCGCCAGGGGACACUUCAGACGAUGAAGUAGACAUGGAAAGUAAAAUUACAUUCUUUCCCCCUGCAUACAUUCAGAGAUAUAUCGCGGUUCAAGCAGUGUUGGAGGAAGCCCGGCACAGAGGAAAGCUACGCAAGGUUGUUGAUUUUGGUUGUGCAGAACUUGCGUUUGUGAAAUAUUUAAAAAAUACCCCAGGUGUAGAAGAGAUUCUCUGUGUAGAUCUGGACAAAGAGCUUUUAGAAUUUGCUCAAAAUAAAGCAGCUCCUUUGCACGUCGAUUACUUACACACCAGAGAUUCACCUCUAAUCAUCCGCAUUAUCGAAGGAAGUGUAACGCAUAACGAUAAAUUACUGGAAAAAACAGAUGCCGUGAUUUGCAUUGAACUCAUAGAGCAUUUAUAUCCUGACACUUUGACAGAGCUACCUUACAAUAUUUUUGGAUACGUGAAACCUCAAGUAGCGAUCAUGACCACGCCGAAUUUUGAGUUCAAUGUUUUGUUCAAAAAGCCCGGUUUCAGGCACUGGGACCACAAAUUCGAAUGGACGAGAGAACAAUUUCAUGAUUGGGCAGAUAAUAUUGUUUCCAGAUUUCCAGAGUACGAAGUUUCAUUCAGUGGAAUCUGUAAAGGUCCUCCUGGAUCAGAAGAUCUCGGAUGUUGUUCCCAAAUGGCAAUUUUCCACCGACAUUCAGACCUAAAUGAAAACCUGUCCACAGGUGCUGAAGGUCUUUUCAAAGUUGUAGCUACUCACGAAUAUCCCUUUCAUGUUGAUAAUCGCUCCGACGAACAGAAAGUAUUAGACGAUACUGUUUACUAUAUACGUUCCUAUUCCAUGCACAGUUUAGAAUUCACAGAUGAAGUGCCACUGGAGAAGUUAUUAGAUCCACUAAAAAAGUAUUAUGUUACUAUAGAUUCGUUAAAAGAACUCUUAGAGCAAAACGGAUGGACCGUCGUCCAUCGAGAAGGUGGUCCAGUAGUCUUAAUUCCAGAACCGUCAGAAUCUGAAAAUAGUUCAGAUAGAGAAAACUGGAAUGAUUUUGAUUCAAUAUGGAACGAUCACGAACACAUCGAGGAUGAUUGGGAUGCUGAUCCAGGACCCCCUGACCAUUAUUCGGCCGAGAAACUUGUAGAUAUGGUAAUACAGCGAGAAAAUUGGGAUGAAGAGCCUUCCAUCUCGGCUGAUCCAUUGCCGGAGGAUUUAACAGCUGAAGAGGAAGCCAGUUGUUUAAGUACGGAUGUUACAAGACCUGUGCAGUCGGAAGAAAAUAUCGAAAGGCACCAGCAUGCCAAUGAAAAUCGAGAGUGUAUUUCCGACAUCAGUAUAGAAGAAGCAUUUCAAGGCCCCUCAACGUCUUCCUCCUAUCACAUUUUACCAGUAGAGACCGAAUAUACUGCUAACAUUAUGAAAGACCCUAAUCCUUUGACCUUUAGUUUUAAAGAGAUCCUCAACCACAGAACGGAAUUGUCUUCUCAGAAACUUCCCGAGGCAGGCUUCGAGUUUCAUUCAACUAACGAUCGGUCUAAGAACAAUUCUUCCAGUGGAAACUCGCCUCGACAUGCGCAUCGCAAGGCGCCAAAGAAAGCGAUGAUUUCUCGCAAGGGUGUAUUUGAUGAAUUGGGUAGUUUAUGCAGCAUGUACUUAGAACCUUCUCGCAAUGAAAAUUCGAACACAUGUUUCGAAGAUUUGAGCAAUAGAUCUUUUGAAAGCUCUAUUUCCGCAAUGUCUUCAACGGAUGAUUCAACUGUGUGUGCGGAAGGGUACGAAGAUUUAGCUUCCAGCAAUGGUUUGAGUAUUUGUACUAAAAAACCAAGAGUGGAUGAUAGUUCGACUAGUUUUCCUGGCAGCGUCUUGAAUACAUCAAUCAAAUUUGCUAGCUCGCCGAGAACCCCAGUAGGGUUGAAGAGAAAGAAUACGAGGCAUGAGCAUCUUAGACGAGGAAAGGAAACUUUGAAUGAAGCUGAAAUGAGGGAAGGAAUGGCGACAUCUGAAUUGGUGGGUAUGAAUAGCUCCUUGAAAAGCACUAGCCAGACGACCUUGCAGAAGUUCAGCAUCGUCAAAACAUCAUCAUCUUCCAUAGAAAGGUGGUAUCCUGAAGAAUCUAAUUCCGUGUGCAAAUCAUCUGUUGUAACUUUGAAAGGCUGGAGCGAAGGAGCAGACAACCCACGUGAUGAUAAUGAGGUAGCUGCCUCGGAUGAACACUUUGAAGAUAAAGAGAGCCCAGUCGAUUCAGCGCAUGUAAAUAGCACAACCUCCUUAGAUAAUUCAAGAAAUUCACAAGGAUCUUUUAAAAUUGUUGAAAGAACGCUAGUGCACGACGGAGUGCACAGAGAGUCUACAUAUAUUUCAAAUGAGUUAAGAAAUAUUAGAAAAUAUAGAAAUGUUGACCCAACGGAAACGAUUGAAGCUAUCGAAGCCAAAGAAAUAGCCCCAAAGUCUGAAAUUUGUACCGAGGCGUUAGAAAACCUUAGGGGUGAAGCAGAGUUUGAAAAGGUGAUUGAUAAAAAUCGAUCGAGUUUCGUUUUUUUAGAUUUGUCACAAAUGAUUGAAGGGAAAGCGAUUUCUUCAGAAACUUUAGAUACGCCACCAAAUAGCUGGUCUCCAGAAGUAAUGGAUUCUGGCUACCCUAAUUCCGCUUCAAUUCACGACAUGACACCAGAGUACGAUUUGCCGAGUAUAACACAUGAUAGAAUCUCAGACGCUGAAUCACCCAGUGUUGCGGAAGCACCAAGGCCGGGAUUUUUGGAAUUGGUUGAGGUAGAAAAUGGCGAUUUAGCAAAUAAUAAUCGAGACUAUGAGGGAAAUAAUAUGAUCGCUGUGCAUGACGACGAAGAUGAUGAUCUACAACCGCUUAUUGAUGUUUUGGAAGAUGACAUGGAGAACGAAAAUGAUAUUUAUGUUUUGCAAAAUGGUUUUCCUGCUUGGCUGCUCCGUAUAUUGCAGAUGCAAGACAUUGAUGUUGCUGGUCAUAUGGAACCAGUUUAUCGUCUACUGGAUGAGGCGGCUGGUGGGGAUGCUGCAAAUGCUGACUUUGAUGAAGGUUUCAGUAGUUCCUCAGAUGAAGAUCUCGAAGACGAUGAUGAAAGUAGUACCAGCGAAGGUAUUGGAAGUCUAAACAUUGAAGACGUCUCUAAGGACAGCAGAGGUGACAAUCCUUAAAACAUUUCGCUCGUUAAAGGAGAGACUACCGGGAAACUUUUUAAAAUUUGUUGUUAGAUACUGAUUGCGUUUUUACCUACAUAUUGCUAAAAAAGAGUGUAAAUUUCUUUAUAAGACAUCUCCAGUUAAAUUCACGAUUUAAAACAUGUCGAAUACACUGAAGAAGUCGGUUUUCAUUUAAACUCAAUAAUCAUUUACUUGAUAUUUUUAUGUUUACCUCUUAAAAAGCGGUUCAUUAUUUUAUUUUCUAUGUAUUUUAAAAGUGUGCUAUGUUUUUUUUUAAAGUCAAAGCGCAAGUCUCGAAUGUGCAGUCGCGCAUUCCCUAUAAGCUAAUAGAUCUAUUAUUUGGCUAAAAGCCUUUUUUUUAAUUUGAUAAAUUUGGGGUCUAGAAGAAAAAAUGGCUUAUUUCCUUUUCUGUUGUUGUAAAUACGAGAAUAUUUUCCAAGAUACUCUUAUAUAUAGGGGAGAAAAGAUAGAAAUGAAGUAAUUAUCUUUUCUAGUUUAGAAGAGCCGUUAGAUCAGAUAAGUUAACAAAAUUUUAAAUACCUGUACCAUACUCUUGGUAAGACUGAAACUGCAUAUCAUUCUAUUCUCACGAUGAUAUGGGAAUUAUGAAUUAUUCCAAUCGAUAACAUAUUCCCAAAAAUACGGUGCGCUUCUCAUGUUCGACAGUAUUCUUUAAGACGUAUUAACUGCGCAUCAUGAGUAUGACACGAUUAUUACGAUUAUAGUUGUCAAUUUCUCUCAGCGGGGGAAAUGCGAAACUACCGUGUUUAAAUUAUAUGUACGUUUAUAGAGUUAUAGAGGUAUAGAGUUAAGCGUGAAAGAAGGGCUAAUUUAUGGUAACAAUAUUUGUUGGUUUUUUACGUUCACAAUGAUAUUAUUAACUGUAAUAAUUUACCUAAACUUGAAGUAUAAAAGAUAAAGCCGUAAAAUACCUAUGCCCAACGGAGCGAAUAAACCAAUAGAGGACAAAGAUUCUUGAAAGAUUUUAGAGAAAGGCGAUCAGCUUCUCAGUUUUGCGGUAUCACCACUGAGUCAAGUUGCGAAUGAAUUUCCUACAUGCUGGAAUGGCUGGCGUGUCAUACCCGUGCUGCGCAUGUGACCUGUAUAAAAUACCACAAUAUAUCAUAGAAUUAUCAUUAAAAAAAUUUUAAACCAAA